UCAUUAUGUAAUGAUCCUUGUCCUCUUGGAAAAAUGAAGAACAAGAUUGAAGGGCAGAAAUUUUGCUGCUAUGCUUGUGCUCCGUGUCCAGAAAAGAUGAUAUCCAGACAAAUGGACAUGAAGUAUUGUGACCGUUGUCCAGAGGAUCAGUUUCCAAACCAAGCUCAUGAUGACUGCAUUCUAAAAACAAAGAAUUUCCUCUCCUUUGAAGAACCACUGAGCAUUACUCUGGUUUCUCUGGCUCUUCUCUUUUCCUUCUUUACAGCUUUAGUAUUUACAAUCUUCAUUAAGCAACGGGACACUCCCAUUGUCAAAGCCAACAAUCGCAACCUCACCUACCUUCAACUUAUCUCUUUGUUCCUCUGCUUCCUUUGCUCACUUCUGUUCAUUGGACAUCCCAAUAAGGCCACUUGCCUCCUCCGACAAACAACAUUUGGCAUCAUCUUUACUAUUGCUAUUUCUUCUAUUUUGGCCAAAACCAUCACAGUCAUUGUAGCAUUUCUAGCAUCAAAGCCAGGAAGCUUAUUCCACAAAUGGGUAGGCCAAAAGUUGGCCUAUUCUAUUAUCUGGUUCUGCUCCUUCAUUCAAGUAGCUAUUUGUGUUGUUUGGCUGAAUACAUCUCCCCCAUUUCCACAUUUGGACAUGGAGACACUCUUGGGAGAAAUCAUAGCUGAAUGUCAUGAAGGCUCCAUCACCAUGUUUUACUGUGUCUUGGGCUACAUGGGCUUCUUGGCCCUCCUCAGCUUCAUUGUGGCCUUCCUAGCCAGGAAGUUGCCAGACAGUUUCAACGAAGCCAAGUUCAUUACUUUCAGCAUGUUGGUUUUCUGCAGCGUUUGGCUGACCUUUGUCCCCACGUACCUGAGCACCAAAGGAAAAUACAUGGUGGCUGUGGAGAUCUUUUCUAUCCUGUCUUCCAGUGCUGGUUUACUGGGAUGCAUCUUCAUCCCCAAAAUCUAUAUAAUUAUAUGGAGGCCUGAGCUCAACACUAAAGACCAUUCAAUACAUAAGAAAUAG